AUGCCUCAUGACAUAGUCGCUGUAGGUGCCUCUCGUGGCGACCCCCGUACCCCGUUAUUUGAGGGGUGUUCUCCUUCCCCCCUUCUUCACUAUGUCGCCUCUGCUGCUGCUGUCAAUCUCCUUGGUGCUGAGAAGGUUGGGACUGCGUCUGCUUCGAGCGGGCGCCGCAGCGGCAAGGGCAAAGGGGGUGAGGGCGGUGGCGGUGACAGCGGGGGAGGCGGUGGUGGGGGCGGCGGCGGCGGUGGGGGUGGUGACGCGACUGGAGGGGCUAGUGGCAGCGGUGGGGGUGGUGGCGGCAGCGGCGGGGGAGGUGGCAGGGGCGGAGGCGGUGGUGGGGGUGGCGGUGGACGCGGCGGCGGUAGGGGUUGGGGUGGUCGAGGAGGUGGCGGCGGCGGUGGUGGUUGUGGAGGCGCUGGCGGUGGCCAGGGCCAGCAGCACACUCCGUCGCCCCAGGAGGUCCGUGAGUGGUACUCUCAGCACCGGGGGGGGGGGGGUGGCUUUAGCUGCACGUACGUCGUUCGCACUGGUGACCGCACUGGUCAGCCGUGUGGGGGACCGCACGCCACACAGCGCUGCUUCGCUCGUCUGAACGAUGUUUGGCGUGUUCAGUUCCCUCAGGCCACUAAGCUGCCCCGUUGGCUUGAUCUCCUGAAGAAGGGGAUUGAUAUCUAUGCUCUAGACUUUGAUGCUAUUCUCACUGCUAUGUAUGUGUUGUCUACUAGUGGAGAGGGUGCUGAGUACAUGUGUGUGCCGCCCGACCCGGGCAUUAGGACUAGUGCGUCUGCCGCUCCAGGUACUCGCGUGUCUGCUACCCCAGAUGCUGGUGAGGCAGCUACACUAGGUGCUUGUGCGUCUGCCCCCCCUGGUACUGAGUCGACGACAGCACUGCACACCUUCACACUGGACUCAGGUGCUUCUUGCUGCUUCUUUCGUGACCGCACUGCCCUUGAGCCGCUUGCUCGGCCAGUUGCUGUCUCCCUCGCUGACCCCUCUGGGGGUCCGGUCAUUGCGACCUCCUCCACUGUCCUUCCCUGUCCUGCGGUCCCGUCGGGCACACUGUCAGGUCUCCACCUCCCCUCGUUCUCUACAAACUUGGUGGCAGGUAGUGCACUCCUGGACGGGGGUGUUCACCAGUUCACCCCUGCCUACGAGCGCGUGACACACUGCACGUGUGCUCGUACGGCCCGCCACUUGGCUACCUUCACUCCGCAGCCGGGGUCGGACCUAUACACACUGACCACUGAGUCCCCUCAGGUCGCUGCGUCUGCGUCCGCGUCAGGUCAGCUGUCUGCCCCCUGCUCGUGUCGCUCUCUGGCGCACGAGACUGUUCUCUGGCACCACCGACUUGGCCACCCGUCUGUGUAG